UGCAUAAGCUUGAAGCUUGGAAGAGAUAGUUGAUCAUGAGUCGCAUCCUCAUGUUUAUUCCUCGUUAUCGUUCACGUGGGACAAGGAGACUAAAACCAAGGCACAAGGUCCUCUGGCAAAUUUAAAGACAUUCCAAUAGGCCCCUUGCAGGAUUAGAUCACGUGCCUGGAUACCGCUUAGCAGCGCCAUGUUGGGACGCAAGCGUUCCAAGCGCCAUAUUGAAAUCAUUGCGUGACCGAAGCCAUUCUUGAAGUUAUAUUUUGAAGAUAUUAGCGAUCUGUUCACUUCUACAUCACUACCAGCCAAUUAUUUUAAAGUUUUGGGUAUCUUGAUUUGUUUUCUUCGGGGUUUUCUAUAAAUAUUUAAAAAAACAAGUUGAUUUUUCAACGUUAAAACCCACGGCCGUAUUUUGUGACCAGUGGACCUCAUGGCGAACAGUGCAGGUAAGCAACCUCACGAACCUUUUAUUGUUGGUACUCUAUUUAUCUCUUCCUUUGUUCUUGCUCAAGCCUAGUAAGCUAAUUGAGCUUAACAUGUUUCACUUAAGUCUUAACUUUCUAUUCAGUAGAUGAUUCUGGUCCAAGUUCUCCAGUACCCAAAAAGAAGUUCAGAGGGGGAAAUUAUCACUGUUGUGUUCCGAUGUGCGCUGGUGAUAGUCGUUACGAAAGUUCUUUGUCAUUUCGCCGAAUACGUAAAGACGAGGAAAAGCAGAAGCAAUGGAUUGUCAAAAUAAGAAGGGACGUUGGGCCAGAUUUCAAGAUAACAUCCAAGACCAGAGUCUGUGGCAAACAUUUUAAAGAAGACGACUUCCUCCCUCUUGAUAAUUCAGGAAGGCGACGUCUUAAAGAAGGAACAGUCCCUACUGUAUUUAACUGGACAGUAACAACAACAGACAGACGAAAGGUUAUAAGACAACUUGAAAGUGCCACACAAACAGAUGAGAGUGAUGGGGAAGUUGCACAUGACGAAUCAAACCAACCUUAUGAGGGAGACACAAACCAAGUUCCUAAUAUUUUUGAAGAGCUCAGACAGACCAAAGCACAGCUACUUGCUGUACAAGCCGAACUUGUAGCUGCAAGGAGAGAUGCCAGUGCUGCACAAGAAGAAUUAGUGCAACAAAAAGAACAAGCUGCAGCAGAACUUGCCAUUUACAAAUUUGGGUUAGAACGAUUCUCCACAGAUAAUGAUGCUAUUAAAUUCUAUACUGGGUUGCACAUAUGACCAUUUGAAAUUUUUUUAUAAUUUUGCUAGACCAUCAGCAGAAACAAUGACAUACUGUUAUGCGACGGGUCUUUUACAAAAUCGGCCAAAUGGUAGGGCUAUGCAACUCAUAGAUGAGUUAUUCAUGUUUUUAGUUAGAAUUAAAUUAGGCCUAUUUCAACAGGAUCUUGCACACCGUUUUAAUUUACAUAUGUCAACUGUUAGUAGAAAAUUAAUAGCUUAGGCUAACUAUUUGUACUUUCUCCUUGGCAAUCAAGUGAUUUGGCCAUUUAGAGCUGAUGUUAAUGCCAAGAUGCCACAAGAAUUCAAAAGGCUUUAUCUUUCCACACGUGUAAUCCUUGACUGCACAGAAAUAUUUGUUGAGACACCAUCAUCUCUCCUUUUGCAGUCCCAACUUUAUUCUACAUACAAGAGUAACACAACACUUAAGGGUUUAAUAGGCAUUGCACCACAUAGUGCAGUUACUUUUGUUUCUUCUCUUUAUACCGGGGCAAUUGCUGAUAAAGAGAUCACUAGGUGUUCAGGGAUAUUAGAUUUGCUUGAAAAUGGUGAUUCUGUGAUGGCAGAUAAAGGAUUUGAUAUUGAAGAUUUGCUGAGAGGCAGGGGUGCUUCCUUGAACCUUCCUCCUUUUUUACAAGAUAGAAGGAAAUUUUCUGAAAGAGAAGUCCUAAAUACCAAAACAAUUGCAAAACUACGAAUAGAUGUUGAAAGGGCAAUCAGAAGGAUCAAAGAAUAUCAUUUCUUUGACUCAGAUGUUCCACUGUCCAUGUUGGGCUCUGUUAAUCAAAUAUAUACAAUUAUCUGUUUAUUAACAAAUUUCCAGGGACCCUUGAUAUUUAAUGGAGAUAAAUAAAAACUACCAUUUACAUGUACUUCAUCACUUGAAAAUUAACUGUUUAUGAUGUAAACGAUUACUAUAAGAGUCGAGUUAACUGAACCUUUGAAACAAAACUUAAAAGUCAAGGUGCAACUAUUAAAAGACACUAAAAAAAACCAAAACAAUUGAACUAGUGUCAAAAGUUUGGUAACUUCACUCGGAUUAUAUACAUAAAUAACUGAAACAUUUUCUAAUGUUUAGAUUUUAUACUAUUUGCAACUCAAGAGGUAAAUACAAUAUUAGUCUUAAAAUGGAAUAAAGUGACUGAUUACUUCUUGGUUAUCA